GUUUGAAAACACACCUACAACUAAACGUCGGAAAACCCAAAUACUUUAAAAAUGGGUUGCUCUAGUUAAGUAUUGUGCUGUACAAUCUGAAGCAAACGCAUUACAGCUUCAUGGAAAGGCUCUCACAGCAGAGAAACCCAAGAGUAUAUCGCUGCAGAACGAAGGCUCCCACAGCGUAGCUCUCGCAGGGAGCUCACGUCGGGCAGUGCUGCUUGCGGAACUCCUAAUUUACGUAAUUCUUCAUUCACCCUCAACACCCCGAAACCGUAAACAGGGUGUGGGAGGGGGAGAACACUGAACAUAGUGAUUGCUGUGGGAGCCUUCGUUCUGCAGCUAUACGCCUCUCGAGAAACCCGCUGGUUGAAGCGAAACUGUUUUUAUGUAAAAAACUUAAAGUGAAACUUUAGAAGACUGAAUCAACUCUGAAACAUCAUGCAAUGAAUCUUUUGAACUAAGUGUCAUUUCGCACCGCUUCUUCUGCCACAUUGAAACAACCCGGAAAAAAACAGGUUAUUUGCCAGAAUAAAGAUAUUUCAGCGAUGGGAAGUAACUCAGACGUUCACCAACCAGAACCAACCGUUUCAAAGAAGCAAGAUGGUGAAUUGGAGUCGGAGGAGGAUUUUUCUGAAGAGGACAGCAGGGAUCCAGUGCCUGACAACAUGAAAGUAGAGCUCCAUGAUCCUCAACUCUUAAUGGCUGUAGGUAAACCUUUCCACCAACAUGACGGGAGGGAAGACGACCAGCUAAGUGAAGCAGAGGAUCAUGACGAAGAGACUCAAUGUGAAAGAAGGCAACAAAUAAUUAGGAAAAAUGACAUGUUCUUCCAUUUUCUCAUUCUCUGCUUUGCUCUGGGAUCAGCUUUGGUCAUGCACAAUGACAUUUUUGUAGCUGCUGGUGUUGGUUUGCUUUCAUUUUCUUUAAUAGAAAUCAUUGGAUUGUACUUUAAUUUAGUUGGUCGAAUUCGAAUCGUCUUUGAAUAUUUCCUUCCACUGUUUGAAAGACUCAGAAUGCCUGUGCCGGCGUUGGCUAAGAAGGAUUAAGAAUCUCCUGCCGACAGCACAACACCCUACAAACAUGGAUGCAUUUUAGCAGAAGGGACUGUCAGCAGUGGGGGUUUCACUGUGUCGAAUGUUGUAAUGAAAAUGCUGUCUGUGUUUGUUUUGUUUCCCUGUUUUAGUUUUAUACUGUGGAUGCUGCCUUUUUAUUUCAUAAAGUCAGUUAAUUCAGGGUUAGGCUAGUCAAAUACACUGUGUGUUUACUGUAUACGGGUUAGUCACAAUUACUGACUUUUACUUUUGGGGAAUUCUAUUAUGGUGUCUUCAGUCUACAGAUUUAAGGGCAAUGACAUGUAUACUUACAAAGAAUGUGUCAUCAUUAAAUAAGAAAUAUAUAUUUUAUAUACUGAAUACAAAUUAUUACUCUGUCAUGUUUCCUAUGAAAUACAGAAUAAAUAUGCAAAUUAUA